AUGAGCGAGUCGGGGGAACGGCGGCCGUACGUCGUCUUUGGGUACGGCUCCCUUAUAUUCAAGCCACCUCCGCAUGUUAUAGCCCAGCAUCCGGGUUUCCUGAAGGGUUACGUGCGCCGCUUUGCGCAGAAGUCGCAUGACCAUCGAGGCACGCCGGAGAGCCCUGGCAGGGUAGUCACUCUGGUGCACACGGAGGACUGGGACGCGUUCUCGGGAUCGGAUCCGUUCCCGGACGAUGAUGUCGUGUGGGGCGUCGCGUAUACCAUAGACCCGACGUACGAGUCAGAGGUCCGGGAUUACCUCGACUACCGCGAGAAGGACGGCUACACGUUAGAACAACUAGACAUCUGGGGCAUCGCAGACGGCCGCGAGCAGGUCGUCUUCCAUAAUUGCUACGUUGGACACAACACCAAUCCAUCGUUCAUCGGCUCUGAGCCUAUAGAACAGCUCUCACGGAAGAUAUGGGAAUCUGUCGGACCCUCAGGACCUAACAAGGAGUACCUAUACCACCUCGCUGAAGCCGUCCGACAACUGGCUCCCGAGUCGCACGACUCCCAUCUGUUCGCGCUGGAGACAAGAUGUCGCGAACUUGACGCAGAGAAGGGCGUCAGCAGCGUAGCCGGUCAUCCGGAGAUUGAGGGUACGAGGCCGCUGCAGCCCGAAUGA